CGGCGCGCGCUGCGGGCAGUGUGAGUGUGGAGGCGCGGACGCGCGGCCGAGCUCGAGCUGCUGCAGCUGCUGCCGCCGCCACCGCCACCAGCGCCACCGUCACCAGCGCCACCGGAGGAAGCCUGAUCCCCACGCUCCGCACGCCCCGGGCUUCGCCAUGGCUGACCAGCUGACGGAGGAACAGAUUGCAGAGUUCAAGGAGGCGUUUUCCCUCUUCGAUAAGGAUGGAGACGGCACCAUCACCACCAAGGAGCUGGGGACUGUGAUGAGAUCCCUGGGGCAGAACCCUACCGAGGCUGAGCUCCAGGACAUGAUCAAUGAGGUGGACGCCGACGGAAAUGGGACCAUUGACUUCCCAGAGUUCCUGACCAUGAUGGCCAGGAAGAUGAAGGACACGGACAGCGAGGAGGAGAUCCGGGAGGCAUUCCGCGUGUUUGACAAGGACGGGAACGGCUACAUCAGCGCCGCCGAGCUGCGCCACGUGAUGACGAACCUGGGCGAGAAGCUGACGGACGAGGAGGUGGACGAGAUGAUCCGGGAGGCCGACAUCGACGGGGACGGCCAGGUCAACUACGAAGAGUUUGUACAGAUGAUGACCGCGAAGUGAAGGCCCGGGCAGCUGGUGAUGCCCGUUCUCUUGAUCUCUCUUCUUGCGCGCGCUCUCUUCACCACUCCCCUGCAUUCCCCAGUUCUAGCAAACACCGAUUGACUGACUGAGAAUCUGAUAAAGCAACAAAAGAUUUGUCCCAA